ACGAAAUAAAGAAACCACACUUACCCACUAGCUCAAUUCAAAAUCAAGAAACGCAAAGUUAAAAAGAAAACCAGCACCCCUCUUGUUCUUGUUUCUUUGCUAUCAUUUCUUGAAUUUCUUGCCUUUUCAUCCAAGGUUUCUUGAGAUCGCUUUUCAAUGGCUCAUCAAGUGAAGGCGUCCAUCGACCCUGCCGUUUUGGAUGAUAUUAUCAGUCGCUUGUUGGAUUUUAGGCAAACAAGAGCAGCCAAACACCAGCAGGUUCAGGUAACUGAGAAUGAGAUCCGCCAACUAUGUACUGUGUCUAGAGAAAUCUUUCUUCAACAGCCCAAUCUCCUCGAGCUCGAAGCCCCCAUCAAGAUCUGCGGUGACAUACAUGGGCAAUAUUCUGAUCUUUUGAGGCUUUUUGAAUAUGGGGGUUUUCCUCCUAGGGCUAAUUAUUUAUUCCUAGGCGAUUAUGUAGAUCGUGGAAAGCAGAGUUUGGAAACAAUAUGCCUUUUGCUUGCCUAUAAAAUCAAGUACCCUGAGAACUUCUUUCUUUUAAGAGGAAAUCAUGAGUCUGCAUCUAUUAAUCGAAUUUAUGGAUUUUAUGAUGAAUGUAAACGGCGGUUCAAUGUGAAGCUUUGGAAAACUUUUACUGGUUGUUUUAACUGUCUACCUGUUGCUGCUCUUAUAGAUGACAAAAUAUUGUGCAUGCAUGGAGGGCUUUCACCUGAUUUAACAAGUUUGGAUCAAAUUAGAAACUUACCCCGUCCAACUGAUGUUCCAGAUUCUGGGUUGCUUUGUGAUUUACUUUGGUCUGAUCCUAGUAGGGAUGUUAAAGGCUGGGGAAUGAAUGACCGAGGGGUCUCAUACACCUUUGGGUCAGAUAAAGUGUCAGAAUUCUUAAUGAAUAAUGAUAUGGAUCUUGUUUGUCGUGCCCAUCAAGUUGUCGAGGAUGGAUAUGAAUUCUUUGCAGACAGGAAGCUUGUUACAAUUUUUUCUGCUCCCAACUAUUGCGGUGAAUUUGAUAAUGCUGGUGCAAUGAUGAGUGUUGAUGAAACCUUAAUGUGCUCGUUCCAAAUACUUAAGCCUGCAGAUAGAAAGUCCAAAUUCAUGUGAAAAGGUCGUGUGCUAUCCUGAUUCCUGCUUACAAUUGCUAACCAUCCUUGCAGAACUUAAUUAUGCCCGUCUGUGAUUUGAGAAACAUUUGAAGAUUGAUAUUCUGAACUCAGAACUCCAGCUUUGAAGUGGUGCAAAUACCACGUCUCUAAUGUUGAGGAUAGGAAUCUGUUGAUUAUAGUGUUUGGAGGAGGAAUACUCGAUUCUCAGUUUGGAGCUAACCACCGUUAGUGCAGUGGCACAGGCCAGAAGUUUAUCCGUAUUAUUAUUAUUAUUAUUAUUAUUAUUAUUAUUAUUAUUAUUUACUUCACGGAAAUUAUGAUGCUGGUGUAAAUACAUUUUUGCUGUAAAUGACUGCAUUAAUACACCACUGAGAUUGCCCUUUUACGGGAUUUUUUU